CGAGAAUAGAGAUCACUGAAGCAUUCUGGGAACAUUUCCUUUCUCGCACGAGUUUCCUGUCGACAGAAGCUGGUUGGCAAAAACAUUCGUGAAAAUGGUAGUGCAAAAGAAAUCGAAAAAGGCAGCAGAGAACAUCAAUGCCCGCCUGGCAUUGGUUAUGAAAAGUGGCAAAUACUUUCUUGGCUACAAGCAGACACUGAAGACCUUAAGACAGGGGAAAGCCAAGCUAGUCAUUAUUGCAAACAACACUCCUCCUCUCAGAAAAAGUGAGAUUGAAUACUACGCCAUGCUUGCCAAAACUGGUGUUCACCACUACAACGGUAACAACAUAGAACUUGGCACAGCAUGUGGCAAGUACUUCCGUGUCUGCACCUUAUCUAUUACUGAUCCAGGUGACUCUGACAUCAUUCGCAACAUGCCAUCUGGAGAUCAGCAACAACCGACAGCAUAAAUCGUUGACUUGGAGAAUAAAUGUCUGCUGUUAAAAUUA